CUGCGCACCAUGGAGGUGAGAGUGUGUGUGGAAGGCAUCCCACGCGUUGUCUGUGGGGUCACAGAGGAGACGACAUGCCAAGAGGUGGUCUUAGCAUUGGCUCAAUCCUUAGGUCAGCCAGGCCGCUACACUUUAUGCGAGAAAUUCAAAGACUUCGAGCGUUGCAUGAUGCCUGAUGAGCAUCUUCUAGAGACCCUGGAGAAGUAUAGCGAGCAGGCCAGGGAUGUCCAGCUCACCCUCGUCCGCAGGGGGCCGUCCGUCUGGGAGGAGGCGAGCAGGCCAAAGGCCGGCAGGUACCAGCCCUGCCCGCCGCUCCGACGCAAGGACGCCGUCGCCAGGAUUCGGAGGGGCAGCAGCUCGCUGAGUUUGCAUCGUCAAAGCCUGCCGCCGCUGUCCUGCUCCAGACAGGAAGCCGAGCAGAAACCCGAGGAGCUGAAAAGGCCCAAAAGAAAGUCCCUGACGCUCAUGGAAGAGGCCUGGGAUUGGCUGGAAAGUCUAGGAAGAGUCAAGGUCUACAGCACCGCCUGCGAUAAGGACAGGAAGAAGAAGACGGAUAAGAGGAACCGGAGGUCUUUGGACAUGUCUCUCAGUAUGGAGAAAGAUGACUCAGCACUAAGCGGCAAAGGUAUAGUCAGAGGACAGAAAGGCUUAAAGACAGACUUGGACCACCAGACGUCCUGCUGUAUAGGAAGUAAAAGCAGCGGUAAAGACAUCAAACACUCCAAAAAAGCACUAGAAGUAAAAACUGAAACUCCAGACGAGAAGACCAGUUUAAGGGAAACCGUCCUCCGCCAGCUGUUGCGUUUGCAGGACUUACAGCUCCAGAUAACGCACACAGACCAACAAAUAUUUGAGCUCGAGGAAAAGCAGAGGGCCAAACGAGCUGAGUGCGAAGCCCAGGAGAGGCUGGCAGAGGAGGAAAUAGAGCAGAUCAAACUCUGGGAAAACGAAUUGAAAGCGGAGGAAGGUUACGAAAAAGAUCUGCAAUGCCAGUUCCUGGAGAUGAAGGCGAGGGCCGGUGAAUGCAAGGCUAAACUGGAGGAGUACCGGCACAAAAUGCGGGGGCUUGACCUUUUCAGUGGCCUGAACGUCGUUCCAGAAGAUUCCGAAAGGGUUUCGGAAGACGACGCGAUAGCUGCCGUGCCCGAGGAGGACGCGUAUCUACAAGGAUCUGAACCGCACGGGGAAAUAAACAUUAACAGGAAGGUCCAGCCCAGGGAGGACGCCAGCCCUCGUCACGCCCCAGUUCCUCCCAGCCAGAUAAAGGAGCGCCGGCCCACAGGACCCACAGAGCUGAGAGAAUGGUGGACUCGCUGGUCAGAGGCCCAAAAGGCUCAGUCCCGGCCCAAGAAGGUGAUCCACCGCUCUGAACUCACUAUAUAUCUGGGUAGCACCAAGGUUUAG